AUGUCAUUAGAAACUAAAUUCAAUCAUCUUAUUAGUAACAGAGCCAAAGAAAGAAAAUUCAAAGCUGGGUUUUUCGAAGGUUCUACUCCUGAUCAUGUUGUUAAACAUCCAAAUCCUUUACCUUUAGGUGGUGGUACACCAGAUGAAGGAUUUUUCCCAAUUGAAUCUAUUCAUUUAAAUUUAAUUAAUGAACCUUUCCAACAUUUAUCUUAUCAAGAGAAAACCAAGAAUUUAAAUAUAAAAGAUAUCAAUGUUAAAGAACAAAUUCAUAAAAUUAAUGAUGACAAUACAAAUCAUACUUAUCGUUAUACUGAUAAUGAAGAUGAAGUUGAUUUAGCCACUGGUUUACAAUAUUCUUGGGGUAAUGGAUUCCCACAAUUAAGAAAAUUUAGUAAAGAUUUAAUCACAAGAACUAAUAAACCUGGUUAUGAUGAUUGGGAUGUUAUAAUUACAAAUGGGUCUGGUGAUUCACUUCACAAGAUUUCAGAUUUAUUUGUUGAAAAAGGUGGUACGAUCCUUGUUGAAGAAUUUACAUUUACUCCAUUCAAUUCCACUGCCCAAAAUUGGGGUGGUACUCCAAUCCCAAUUAAAUUAAACAUUAGACCUAAAAAAGAUGGUGGUGAAGAACCUGGUGUUGAUCCUGAAUAUCUUGAUGAUUUAUUAACCAAUUGGUCCUCGGGUCCUUAUAAACAUCUACCAAAACCUUAUGCAUUAUAUACUAUCCCAACUGGUCAAAAUCCAACUGGUUUAAGUCAAUCCUUAGAAUUAAGAAAAAAAAUUUAUUCAAUUGCUGAAAAACAUGAUUUUAUUAUAGUGGAAGAUGAUCCGUAUGGUUAUAUUUCUUUACCAAAAUAUGGUACACCAAAUGUUUAUGAAAAUGAUGGAUUAGAUAAUGAUACUUAUAUUAAAAGUUAUUUAAAACCUUCAUAUUUAACUUUGGAUACUUCAGGAAGAGUUGUUAGAUUAGAAACUUUUUCAAAAUUAUUUUCACCAGGUUUAAGAUUAGGUUUUAUUGUGGCAAAUAAAUUUUUCAUUGAAAAAUUAAAUUUAUAUACUGGAUUAUCAACAAGAGCUCCUUCAGGUGUUUCACAAUUAGUUUUCAAUAAUAUUGUGGCCAAUUGGGGUGGUGUUGAUGGUUGGUUAACAUGGGCUCAAAAAAUUGCAAAACAUUAUACUAUAAGAAGAGAUUUAUUCCUAAAGACUCUUUAUGAUUCUGAAUCUUUCAAGAAUAAUGAAUUUGAAGUUGUUGAACCAGAUGCAGGAAUGUUUAUUAUUGUUUAUAUUAACUUGGAAUCCAAAUUCCCAGAUCCAAAAAAUUGGGAAAAAGUUUUACAUGAAUUACGUUAUAAAACUAUAACAAAUGGUGUUGAUAUUGUUUUUGGUAAUAAAAUGACUACAGAUUUAAAUUUUAAAUUUACUACACCAAAAUCUAAUUUCUUAAGAUUAACAAUUGCUGCUGUUCAUGAUAAUGAUGAAAUUAUUGAAGCUGGUAAAAGAUUAACAAAAUCUAUUAAAGAAUUUUUCGAGGAUUUAAAUGCUGGUAAAUAUGAUGAUUUGAAAUAA